UGGUCGUCACAAACUUUCCUUCAACAGCCACCAGCUGAAAUCCACUGAGUGCACAGACACACACGCACACACAGGAGGAACAGGAUGACCUUGCUCAAGUUGGGAAAAAUUAAAAACUAAAUUUGAGAGGCAAAGGAAACAAGAAGUCGCCAGACGAAAGGCUGUAGUGAGUUUGAUGGUCUGCUGAGGGACUGCAGGACUUGAUUGGCAGUGGGAGAACUUGUUCACCUGUCGGCACUGAGAGCUAUUGUUGGAAGACUAAUGACUGGACUCAGCGUUUGAAGGAAAACAAUUUGGAUUAGACCUUAUUCAAUGAGCUUUUGAAACACUGGACAACAAGGAGAGCCAAGAAAAGGGUGAGGUCCAUGUGAAAGAAGAGAGUAGGCCACAAGAGCACCAGCACAAAGAAUAUCACAGAGGGGAGUAUCAGCAUCUGGGAAGCAUCACCAACAAUGGAUUCCCAUGGAGGACACUACCUCAACAAAGACGCCGUGCUAUCCCCUUUAGGUGUAGCAAGGAUGUGCCAGCUAGUGCUAGGCUGCACUAUAAUUGCCUUGGUGGCCCACAGUGCAGAUUACAGUGCAAAUUAUGGAACCUUCUGCAUGUUUGUGUGGUGCUUCUGCUUUGCAGUCACACUGGUUGUGUUCACCUUGGACAUCACACGGCUCCACUCUUGUAUGCCUAUUUCUUGGGAUAACUUCACCGUGGCUUUUGCCAUGCUGGCUACGCUCAUGUACAUCACUGCCUCUGUGGUCUACCCUGUUUACUUCCUCCAAACUGAUGAGGAGGACUAUGAAGUUCAAAUUUAUCGUAUUGUUGUCACGGUCUUUUCCAGCAUCUGUGUUUUCCCAUAUGGAGUGGAGGUAUUCCUAACAAGAGCAAAACCAGGAACUGUGGUGGGCUACAUGGCUACCGUAUCUGGUCUACUCAAGGUGGUCCAGAGUUUUGUGGCCUGCAUCAUUUUUGGGGCUCUAGAUAAUGACAGUGAAUAUACCCAGCAUGUUGCCUUGCAGUACUGCAUUGUGGUGUACAGCUUGUGUUUCUCCAUCACUGUGAUUGUUGUUGUACUAACCGUGUCCGGUAGAACCUCUGCACUGAGGUUCCCAUUCGACCGGUUUGUGGUUGUCUACACCUUCUUUGCUGUGAUCCUGUACCUAAGUACAGCGCUGGUCUGGCCCAUCUUCAGCUUUGACAAGAAAUAUGGCACCACCACUCGACCUGAGGAUUGUCCCCGCGGACAAUGUCCUUGGGACAGUAAACUGGUUGUGGCAGUCUUCACAAACGUCAACCUGGUGUUGUAUUUUAUUGAUGUUGUUUACUCCCAGAGGAUUCGCUUUGUUUCAAACUCUGCUGUUUGAAAAGUUUUACUGCAGUUUGUUUUAGAGAAAAUGUAUCAUUUGAAGGACUUAUUACUUUUGAUUUGUAAUGUAAUAUUGUAAUAUGUAAUAUGAUUUUUUUUAUUUGUAUGUUCAAAGAGUAGCUAGAAUCUAAACCGUUUUCCUUGAUGUUGUCGAAUAAAGACAGCUUGGGUGGUCAAACGUAGCAAACCAAAAA